UUUGGUGAAGUGUGAUGUGCGUUGAUCAUUCACUUUUGGCCACGCUGGAGACGGUGAUGUGUAAUGGGAUUCUGGAUCGGAGGUGGGAUCUGUCACUCUGAGAUCUGGCCAAUGCGCAUCGCUCCAUUCGCCGUUGCGCGCACGUGUGCGUCCAAUCUCAUGGCUCUGUGCACCUGCUUGUCUCCCGGCGAGAGGCGGGACGUGGAAGCGGAACGGUCUCCUGGUUGCAUUUCUCCGUGAUGCUGCUGGUUCUGCUCUGGCGUAGUUCUGUUUUUCCAUGACCGACUUUAUUAUCGGUGUGUUCCGGAGAUCUGAGAGAGGGAAGCGGCGGAGGAGUUAUCUGCUGAGGAGCCGUGAACGCGGCGGACAUCGGGGGGAUUGAGGGCGCAGAGGGGCCGGGGGGCCCGGGCUCGCUCCGGCCUAAUGCGGAUGGAUGGAUGGAUGGUGGGAGCGACCCUGUGAGUGGUAGAUAACGCUAUCACGCGCCUCUGAAAAUCAUCGCCUUUCUAAUAAACCGCUUCCAAAUCCGGAUUAUUUGGAGACAGAACCGAAACCGGUGUCCUGCGCUCGGGGUUCCACGUCAUGGGAAACACACCGGCCGCCAGGAGGGGAAACGAGAUGGAGAGUGUUAAAGAGUUCUUGGCCCUGGCCAGAGAAGACUUCCUCAGGAAAUGGGAAAAUCCUGCUCAGAAUACGGCAUCUCUUGAGCAGUUUGAUCUGUUAAAGACUCUGGGAACAGGCUCGUUUGGCCGCGUGAUGCUGGUCAGACACCGGGAGAAUGGCCAACACUAUGCCAUGAAGAUCCUCAACAAGCAGAAGGUAGUGAAGCUGAAGCAAAUUGAACACACUCUGAAUGAGAAACGCAUCCUGCAGGCAGUCAGCUUUCCUUUCCUAGUACAGCUCGAGUUCUCCUUUAAGGAUAACACUAACCUGUACAUGGUGAUGGAGUAUGUUCAGGGAGGAGAAAUGUUCUCACACUUGCGCAGGAUCGGCAGGUUCAGCGAACCUCAUGCUCGCUUUUAUGCAUCUCAGAUAGUUCUGACGUUUGAGUAUCUUCACUCUCUGGAUCUCAUCUAGGAUCUGAAACCAGAAAACCUCCUCAUCGACCAGCAGGGCUACAUACAGGUGACAGACUUUGGCUUUGCGAAGCGUGUUAAAGGUCGCACAUGGACACUGUGUGGCACACCUGAGUACCUGGCUCCGGAGAUCAUCCUCAGUAAAGGUUAUAAUAAAGCAGUAGACUGGUGGGCUUUGGGAGUGCUGGUGUACGAGAUGGCAGCCGGGUAUCCCCCGUUCUUCGCAGAUCAGCCAAUCCACAUCUACGAGAAGAUCGUCUCAGGAAAGGUACGUUUUCCCUCACAUUUUAGCUCAGAUUUGAAGGAGCUCCUGCGCAACCUGCUACAGGUCGACCUCACCAAGCGCUACGGCAACCUGAAGAACGGCGUCAACGACAUUAAGGGUCACAAGUGGUUCGCCACCACAGACUGGAUCUCUAUCUACCAGAGAAGGGUGGAGGCUCCAUUUAUCCCUAAGUGCAGGGGUCCGGGGGACACCAGCAACUUCGAUGACUAUGAGGAAGAGGAGAUCCGGGUGUCCCUCACCGAGAAGUGCGCUAAAGAGUUCGCCGACUUCUAACACGCCCGAGCGAGUGAGCGAGAAUUAGCAUGAUGGAUGUUUUUAUUUCUGUUUGUAGAAUCAGUGCGAGCAGCUACAAGGGGUCCAGCGACGAGCCGGAAAGGACAGACACCGUUGCCUUCGUCAUCCCGUUUCCUCGUCCACGUUUAGCACGUCAACCCUUGCUUUUUUUUUCAGUGCACGCGCUGUGUCCUCACGGCGACAGAGACACGCUCAACUAGACCAGUCCUCUCCUCUGGGAGCGCUCAACUCCACCCACUUACUCCACCACAGACUGUUGCAUAACAAAUUAAUGCUUUGUGUUCUUUUUAGGCCUGUGCAUCGCUGUACUGUUCUCGGUGCGUUGAAAGGAUGAUGGUGAGAAAAAAGCCAUGAUUCAAUAAUGUUUAUAGUGUCAAGUAUAGAGCUAAUUACCAUAUUAUUAUUAUUAUUAUUAUUAUUAUUAUUUGUCCCUGGAUCUUCCUACGUCUUGGUGUGCACAUCAACCAGUCAGCAAAGUGUCACAUAUGAAAAAGGUGGCAUAAGAGCAGAGCCAGUUGACGGGGGUUUGACGUCUUUUUAGAUGAAAAAUGUUUUUUGACACCGGAGCACGUGAGCGUGUGCACUCGGCACCCUUUAACAUGUGGGGAGGAUAAGAUGUUUUGUUUAUGUUUUUUUGUUUUUCGAGCACAGCUGUUUUAGUUUCAGGAGGUUAAAAUCCAUUUUUCGAUUCUAUAAACACAGGUAUAAAUUUUUUCCUAAAUUUAUUCGUACGUUCCACAAGUUGUGAUGUCGCAAUCGCACAUAGUCUGCUCUAUUCACGUUACAAAGUUAUUUGUGCUGUUUUUUAGGCUGCUUUUACACUUGCCGUUUUCUAACAUUUCAAGUAAAAAGUCACCGGAUCAUUUGGUCAGUAUUGUUUAAUGCUGGCAUUAUAAUGGUAUCCGAAUGUGUGAACAUACAGGAUAUUACUCACUUCCCUGUUCAUGCUAGUGGUGGCUAAUUAGCUAGAUUGCUCUUCAUUGCUUCUUUUUUGCUUUCGAAAUUCUUUUUUUUUUUCAGCAACAAAGACCAAUAGAUGACUAGGUCUUUGCCUUCACUGUAGCUUUGAAGGCAGAAAAGAAAUCAACCGAAUCUCCUCGUAUUCCUGUAUUUGUUUGAAAGUUCUAUUGUGACCAGAAAAACGUGAAAAGGGGGGGAAAAAAACGUGAGAACGGGCGAAAGCAGCCUAAUUUAUUUACUUAAUAAGCAAUAUUUUGAAACGAGUUGCGCAAUGCCGCGGGCUAUCGACGUUCAAAUAACCGCGAACGGCAAUCGGAUCGGUGUCACCAAACACAGCUCAGGUGAGCACACGUAUACAGGCUUGGCUCUCUUCUUGUACACGUUUUUUGGAGGAUGUUAGUCUUCGCUGUCCAGGAUCGGAUAAUUGGGGUCUAUGGGAAAGAAAUGCAAUUGAGCUAUGUUUGUGCCUUCAAAAGAAACUUUUAUUUGCUGUUUCAUGUCGUAUAUAUAUAUAAAAAGGCAGUAGCACGUAGUUUUAAAGCGUCAACAUAUCGGUGCAGUCGCCGGGGUGCUGGAAGUCAUGACCAGAGUUCCCGUGUAACCGCGUCUGAGAAACAGCAGAGCACAAAUGUGAAAUUGAAUGGAAUGACGCUAAGACUGAAGGCCGUUAUGAGCAGCACUACACUGGGAAGUUAAACAGUGUGCGCUUUCUGAAGGUGUUUUGUUUUAUGUAGAACCUUUAAAGAAUCAGUUUUAACCAGGUAACCUGCUGCUAAGCUUAAGCAGAUCGACAAGAAAUGAUGGAAAGACCUUGCCGGCUCAAACACAGGAAACCGUGUGCUGCUUUGAAUCACUUUCUCUUUAUACAUGCUGAACCGCUGUGGUUUCACCAUUUAGUGAAGAGCGCUGACCUGAAAAUCCAAUCAAACUAUCCUCAGGUUAUCCAGCGUCUGUAGAUCAGAGUGUAGACAGAGUAGGUGUGAGCAUGUCGAUGCAAAUUUGGGCAUCGGGAAUUUUUUCAUGAGAGGAAAAACAAGGGACAUUUACAUGCAACGAAAUAAUCCGUUAGUAACCAGAUCGAAAAGCCCAGAUGGUGUAAACACCUUGAUUGAUCUGAGCGAAACUGAUGCAUUAGCGCUGAUAUAAAACUGAUCGCCACAUGAUCGUACGAUUUGAUUCAUUUCCCGAUUCAGAUUCGAGAAUCAUUUUGUACGUGAGCAACACAAUGCAGCGUUGUGUGUGCGAUGCCUUGAAGUGGAAAGAACUGUUCAGACGUUGAUAAACAGUACAUCUGGAAUAUGUGAUUUGGUUCGAGUUGAAAAAAAGCAUGAAAACAUUCCCACCUGUGGGAUCCGGGGCGUGGUUUUGAAAGUGGGCGUAUUUUUGAGUCGAUAUAUAAAAGCCAUCAGAAACCCAUUUUCUUUGGUCGGCUGAAUAACUGGAGCGAAUCUGAUGUGAUUUUUUUUCGACACGUCCACGUUUAUAGAACCUUUAAAUACAAUUAUUCAGUGUGAAUAGUGUUCAGGUUUGGGUCGAUACGGGUUUAAGGACGAGCCCACCGGUCCACAGACGGCUCUUCCUCCGGGUGCAGGAACCAGCCGUAGAUAUAAAGUCACUUAGUAUUUCUGGUGCGUUAUUUACAUUCAGGUGCCCGAGCAAAAAAAAAAAAAAAAAAGCAAUUUGACUGGCAUUUGAAUGAUUGUUAGAGGUCUACUCCAAUGUUAUGCCAAAACAAACAUCUUUCUAUCUUUCUACAGUGGAGCCCAUCGGCGUGUAUCUCUCUUCCCAUUUUUUAACUCCAUAAAUCGUUUUUCUUUCAGCUGGUAAAGUCUGUUCUUCCUCGGCAGACGGGUAAAGCGAAACCGGCUUCUUUUUGGGGUGUUCUGAAUUUUGUAAUACUCAAGUCUGUUAGCUCUCCAGACACUGAAGGAAGGCUCUGGUGAUAUUUUGCACCACAAGCAUCAUUCCAAUAAAGUUUUACUUGUGUAAAUA